AUGGAAGUGGAGAACAUUUAUUCCAACAUUCAGGACAAUUACUGCAACAGACCAGGAGAUCAGGACAGAGAUGUUAAUGAGAAAACUCUUCCUGUGGAGCUCAUGAACAGCAGCACCAAAGCCACAAAUCAGAAUUACAGAAGGAGAUGUCUCGCGCUGAGCGCCUUGUGUUUUGGACUCUUAUGCGUUUUCCUAGUGGUCACCGUUCUUGUGCUGCAAAUCCAGAUCAGUACUGAGAGAAACAUGAAGUUGAGUUGCAAGAACACGCUCAUGGAGUUUAAUGAGACAAUAAACGACAUACAGGCCAAUUACAGUCAACUGACUACUGAGAAAGAUCAACUCCAGCACAGAUUCAACUCUCUAGAGGCCGAACUGAAGAAGAGGAAUUCUGAGAGAAGAUACCACUUUAGCGAUGAGAGGAAGAGCUGGUCUGAGAGCAGACAGGUCUGCAGGGACCGUGGUGGAGAUCUGGUUGUUAUCAAUAACAUCGAGGAGCAGAGGUACUUAUCUUCAGUCAUUAAGGAGAGCACGUGGAUUGGUUUGUCUGAUAUCGAUAAGGAAGGCUCCAUGAAAUGGGUGGAUAAUUCGCCACUUAAGGCAAUGUUUUGGAUCCCUGGUGAACCAAAUAACGCACAUGGAAUUGAGGACUGUGUUCAGAUUGUGUCUUCAUAUUCACCUGAUAACAGCUGGAAUGAUCAACCCUGCACAGAGAAGAGACGAUGGAUUUGUUACCGGUUCGAUUGUCAGGGCGGGUGGGUAACGCCUGAGGCGAUCUUGAGCAAGGCACCUUACCCCUACUUGCUCCCCGGGCGCUGCACUGAUAGAUGCCCACUGCUCUGGGUGUACGUGUACUCUCUGGAUAGAAGUGCAACUAGAAACACAUUUGGACCUGAGACAGAGAAUCAGAAACAGACUGGAGCUCAAAACAGAGGAAGAAGGAGAUGGUUCAUGCGAAUCACAGUGUGUCUUCUGCUCAUCUGUGUUUUUCUGCUGGUCACCUUCAUACUGUUAUAUAACCAGCUCAAAACAGAGAGAGAUCAGAUGAAGAACAAAGUUGAAGAAAAGAGUAAAGAUCUGAACAGCCUCAACAUCAAAUGCAAACGUCUGAUAGAAGAACUACAGAAAAACCUCACAUCUGUGAGUCUGAAGAAACUGGAGUUAGAGACAAACUACCGCCAUUUGACAGAUGAGAGAGAUCAGCUACAGACAAGCCUCACCUUUAUGAGUCGAAGUUUGCUGGAGUUUGAGACCGAAAAGAAAAGGAAGAGAUGUCAAAAAGUGUGGAAAGAGUCCGACAGGUAUUUUAUAUCCAAUGAAGAGAAGAGCUGGUCUGACAGCAGACGGUUCUGCAAGGAUUGUGGCGCAGAUCUGGUCAUUAUCAACACUGAAGAAGAACAGAAACACAUAUCUUCAAUUGUGGAAGGGAGAGUCUGGAUUGGUUUGUCUGAUACAGAGAAUGAAGGCAACAUGACAUGGGUGGAUAAUACACCACUGACUAAAGGGUUUUGGAAUAAAGGUGAGCCGAAUAACGUGGGAGAUGAGGACUGUGUUGAAUUCAUGAGCUCAUCAGAACCUGUGCUGGACAACUGGAAUGAUCUUUCAUGCUCAGUUGAGCGAAAAUGGAUCUGUGAGAAUCAGGGUUGAUUCUUUUUUUUUGAAGUGGUAUCAAAAUACUUUUUAUUUUGAGCAGUUGUAAUGGGAUCAUUGUUUUGUGCUAAUAUCAGUUUCUGAUGUCUGACUUUUAAAACAGCUCAAUUAUUUUGUAUGUGGAAAUGUUAUUGUACCAUAAAUGUUGUUUUAUAAUGUAAAAUUUACAAAAAUACGAGUGAAGGUUUGCGUGUUUAUACAAUAGUAUAUGUGUUUGUGUGUGAGGAAUAGAGGUCUUAAAAUCUGUUCUCGGGCUUACAUACAUGCUCGCACAGCAUCCCCUCCCCGCCCCCUAAACACACACACAGAUUCGUACAUCAGUUUAAUCUCCUUUUUUUAUUUUAAUAAAGUGGUCAACUAA